UCACAGUUUCCUUACACCCGUCCUAGAAUCUGGCUUGAAGCUGAGCUAGUUGGUUCCCGUCCCGAGUCUCCUGAUCAAGGAUUCCUCCUCUUCCCCGCCAUUUCUUCAAACUAUCUACGUCUCCGAGAACGAAAUGGAGGCUCUUGCUGGUUCCUCUGCAGUCGCCACCUCCUUGCAGCGGCUGGUCGCAAGGCAGUCGUCCGGCGCGUCUCUGCGACCCAAUGCGACGACGACUACUUACAGGCGGUUAACCUGCACCUGCGCUGCUGCAGGUGACGGCGAUGCGGGUCAGUCGUCGGAGCCCAAGUGGAAGCAGAAGCUCGCAGCGGCCGAGGCUCAUGCGGAACAGACCAGACAGGCUACUGCCAGGGCGCAGGAGGAGUAUCGGCGCAAGCAGAUGGUCCAGAGGAAGAGCGAAGUGAGUGGGGGAGCCGCAGCAGGACCAGCAGCAGCGGCGGCAGGAACAGGAGCAGCAGCAGGAGCCCACCCGCGUCUUGUGGACCUAGACUGGGUGCCGUACCUUACAGAGGAAGGGCUUUUAACGGAUUGCACACAAGCAGGAGCCAAGGCGUCUGUGUACGCCAUUUAUGACGACGACAAAGUGCUACAGUACAUUGGCGUGUCUCGCCAGGUGUACCAGAGCAUGCGGCUGCACUUUGCGCGCGUGCCGAGCGCGUGUGCGUGGAUGAAGGUGACGCACAUCACGCGCCCCUCCAAGGCCGUGCUCGAGGCCAUCAAGGACCAGUGGAUCGCCGAGAACGGGGUCUCUCCCCCGGGGAAUGACGAGGGGCCGGAGCAGAACCGCUGGGAGAACCCCCUUGACUGCAAGCCCCUGAUGACCGAGGAGGAGAGGAAGUCGGUGGAGUAUGCCGCCCCUGGCCCCCCCAAGGCAAAGGCGCUCAAGGAGGUGGCAAGGCGAGUGGAGAGGGAGCUGGAGGCCGCAUUCAAGGCCCGAAACUGCAAGGAGGUGCUACGGUUCGACCCCAAGCUCAAGGAAGAUGGGUUGUUGGACCUCAAGAGCACGGCUGCUCGGGCUCCAGAUACUGCUGUUCCAACCUCCACUCCGCAGGCCACCAAGGCUUGAGAAAAAUGGCUUCUAUGCCCAACCCACCAUACAAAUUAGAGGACUUGAGGCGUUUUUUUUUAAUGAAAUUCUAGGUGGUUCGAGGACACGAAGUUGUUACAAGAAAUACUACAGUUGGUUGAAUAUAGCAUAUGUGGUUCGCUUUGCACAUGUUGUUUCAAUGGCA